AUGAAUUGUUGCCGGACAUCACCAAGCAAUUCCUGGGUUUUCCCCACAGUAAACCUCUGCUGCUUUGGAUUUUUCUCAAUGAUGAAACCAUCAGAACCAUUUGUCGUACCUUAUUUAGCAGGACCAGAUAAAAAUAUAAGCCUCAGUGUGAUCACAAAUGAGAUCUUCCCAAUCUGGACAUACUCUUACCUGGUGCUGCUGCUCCCUGUGUUCGUCCUGACCGAUUAUGUCCGCUACAAACCAGUCAUCAUCCUGCAAGGAGUCAGCUUCAUCAUCACCUGGCUGUUUCUUGUAUUUGGCCAAGGAUUAAGAGCCAUGCAGGUGCUAGAGUUCUUCUAUGGGAUGGUCUCCGCCACCGAGGUGGCGUACUAUGCCUACAUUUACAGCGUUGUCAGCCCCGAGCACUACCAGAAAGUGAGCGGCUACUGCAGAAGCAUCACGCUGGUGGCCUACACAGCGGCCUCAGUGCUGGCCCAGCUCCUGGUGUCCCUGGCCAGACUCUCGUACUUUUACCUCAACGUCAUAUCCUUGGCCUCCGUCUCUGUGGCCUUUCUUUUCUCACUUCUCCUACCAAUGCCUAAAAAGAGCAUGUUUUUUCAUGCAAAACCCAGCACAGGAGCUUCUCCAAAACCAAGAGGAAGAGAUGCUUUCUUAGAGGAACCUCAAAAGGGUCACAAACCAGUCUACCAAGAAAUAUUCACCUUUUCAAGGAAUCUGGAUGAUGGUUCGUUAAGCACUCCAAAGCCGGAAAACGUAACUUUGACGGUUUUUGUGCAGUGGUUCCAAGAUCUGAAGGAGUGCUACUCCUCAGAGCAACUUUUUUACUGGUCCCUGUGGUGGGCCUUCUCCACAGCAGGUUUUAACCAGGUUUUGAACUAUGUUCAAAUCCUGUGGGAUUACAAGGCACCGUCCCAGAGUUCUACAAUCUAUAAUGGAGCAGUAGAAGCCCUUGCAACCUUUGGAGGGGCUCUGGCAGCCUUCACAGCAGGCUGUGUAAAAGUCAACUGGGAUCUCCUGGGAGAGAUGGCCCUGGCAAUGUUCUCAGCAGUGGAUGCAGGUUCUCUACUUCUCAUGCAUUACACAAAUAAUAUUUGGGUGUGCUACGCUGGUUUCGUGAUAUUCAAGUCAAGUUACAUGUUUCUCAUAACGAUAGCAGCAUUUCAGGUUGCUGUUAAUCUCAGUGUGGAACGCUAUGCCCUGGUGUUCGGAAUCAACACCUUCAUUGCCCUGGUGAUCCAGACUGUCAUGACUGUAACUGUGGUUGACAACCAGGGACUGGGGCUUCCGGUCAGCAUCCAGUUUUUAAUUUAUGGGAGUUAUUUUUCUAUUAUUGCUGGAAUUUUCCUGAUGAGAAGCAUUUACAUAAUCUGUUCAGUCAAAUGCGGAAAGGAAAAAUGUAGGUCUACUGCUACUGGUCAGAAUCCAAGUGAACCGGAGAACUCCAUGUCUGGUAUGAACACAGUAACACAGUUUUAGCCUGGUCCAUCCUAACAUGGACUCAAAGGGAGGACAACUCUGAAAAUAUAUGGUGCUAUACUACGUGACAUUUUAAUUUUUUGUCCUAGAUUAAGAUACCAUAAAAGACAGGAUUAUCAUCAACCUUAUCAACACCACAUCAAAAUCUCUGCUAUGGGCUGGUGAACUGGAUACAACCAAAAACUGUAGUCAGCCAAGUUGAAACCAGCCAUCUUCAUGGACUUGAUGAGCAACUAGGACCCUAAAUACAGUUUUAAUACUUUCAAAUCCACCCCAAAAGAACAUGGAAAUCAGACAAAUGGGACCAUGCAAGAACAGAAACAUGAAAUAUCACAGAGUGAAUGAUGUAUACUGGCUUUUUGUGCCCAACUUCAUAAAAGUGUGAUUUGUUUUGGUUUGAAUAGUAGAUUAAAAAGUUUCUCAUGCAGGCCUGAUGCAUAGUAAAUGAUCUACAUGUGAUAACCAUUAUGAUUAUACUCAUACUAUAUACUAUGAAAAAAGUUAGAAUGGGGGAAAUCAUUUAAUUCCUAUAAAAUUGGGCCAAAAAAAUAAGGAAAAAAA